AUGCCUCCAAGAUCAACUGCACAAAAAAGGCUCUUGAAAGAGUACCAGCUGCUUGCACGAGAUUCACCCCCGGGAAUCAUUGCCAGUCCGCUCAGUGAAGACGAUCUCUUUGUAUGGGACUGUUUGCUUGAAGGCCCAGCAGACACUCCAUACGAAAACGGAGUGUUCAGUGCCACCUUGAAGUUCCCCUCCGACUACCCUUUGAGUCCGCCGCUGCUCAAGUUCGACCCUCCGUUGCUUCAUCCAAACAUCUACGCAGAUGGAACCGUCUGUAUCAGUAUCUUGCAUCCGCCCGGAGAGGAUCCCAACCAGUAUGAGAGACCCGAGGAGCGUUGGUCUCCAGUCCAGAGUAUCGAGAAGAUCUUGUUGAGCGUAGUCUCAAUGUUGGCAGAGCCCAAUCCUGAGAGUGGAGCCAACAUCGAUGCUUGUAAGUUGUGGAGGGACCACCGCGACGAGUAUGACCGCCAGGUGCGUGCGCAUGUGAAGAAGACUUUGGGACUUUGA